AUGGAGUACAGAGCUUCUAAAGCUGGUUUCUCUCGCGAAGUCCAGAAUCGAAUUAAUGAGAAGUAUAAUGCGGCUGAGGCUGCCAAGGUCCUGAAAUGGAUUACUCUUCUGUCACCUCCAUCUUGUAUUUCUGAAGUCCUAGCAAAUGCUGCAAAUCAAAUACCCAAGGACAUAAGCUCUGCUUCCCCUGAUGAGUUCUACAAUUAUCUUAAGAAUGGUUUGGUUUUAGGCUAUAUUAUUGCCUGCCUUAAACCUGAUGAGGCACCCAUUCGACUUAAAGCCAAUAUGUGGAGCGUAGCAUCAAGUGCAAUUUUUGAAACAAACCGCCAAAGGGAGAGAAUCGGUGCCUUCAUUAACUUCUGCCAAGAAAUGGGAGUAGAUUCGGCUUCAGCUUUCCAAACUGAUCAACUCUAUGAACAAACUAAUCUCCCUCAAGUUGUCAUUUGUCUUUCCCAAUUGGGUGUUGAGGCACAAUCCAAACCUGGAUACGUUGGACCUCCGGAUUAUUGGAUGCAUCGCCACACUGAGAACAAACGCAACUUCACUGAAGAACAACUCAAACAAGGGGAGUCCGUCAUGCGCCUUCAAAUGGGAUACAACGGUGGAGCAACAGCCUCAGGAGUUAGUUUUGGGUCUCGCAGACAUAUCACGGAUAACUACUAA